AUGCUUAAACCUCCCGGCGCUGUAUGGCCCCACAACAAAUUCAGGUUGAGCAAGGCUUUCAUGGCUCUUAAUCAUACUGCUGCCCUGUCACUUUACGUGUUCCAUCCGCGAACCACUCGCGUCGUGGGCUCGAGUUCCGUCAGAAGGGGUGACAAGAGAACUGGAGAGGACCCAAAUUGCAAUUCAGCCCAAAUGAGUCCAUUAGAAACUAGCCUCCUAUCGGCAAAAUAG